CGAUGAUAAACCUUCGACUCGCCAGAUAAGGUUUUACGCCAAUAAAACGAAAAUUCACGAUAAAUUCGAAUAAUUGAACGAAAUCAGUUUAGGAACGUGCUGCGGUUUUUUUUUUUUUAAUUUCAAUUCCGAGGUUAUAUACCUCACAUAAUUUGACGCGGACGUCUUUCGUCAGAUUGAAUAGUUUCGGAUUAAUGUGCAAGAAAUUUUAAGUGUUAAUUAGUGAAGAAUAGUGGCAAAUUACCAUUCGGAGUUUAUACAGGGAUAUUUACACUGCCAACCAUGAGUCAAUGUAUAGUGCAGGCACCGCCGAAAAACUGCGGCUGUACCAAGAAAAUCAACUUGGACGAACCGAGGUACGAUCAGGAAUUUUACACCGGAAGGGCGAAACACUUUUUCCUCACCACCAAUCCGUUGAACCUAUUCGUCAGCAGUAAACGGCUAGAGGAGGCCAAAUGUUUGGUUCAAUCCUACAAGUGCGGUAAGAAACUGCCAGAGGGUACCACCGAGGACGACCUCUGGCGGGCGAAAAUCCUCUACGAUUCCGCCUUUCAUCCGGACACGGGGGAGAAAAUGAUGCUUAUCGGAAGAAUGUCGGCCCAAGUGCCAAUGAACAUGCUGAUUACCGGGGGGAUGAUCACGUUUUACAAAUCCACUCCGGCGGUGGUUUUUUGGCAAUGGCUGAAUCAGUCGUUUAACGCUUUGGUGAACUACACGAACCGGAGCGGGGAUAUUGUACAAACCGAUAAGCAAAUUCUCACGUCGUACGCGUUGGCUACGAGCGGGGCCGUAGGUACGGCCCUGGGACUUAACGCUUUAGUCAAAAAGAUGCCCCCCCUGGUCGGACGGCUGGUGCCCUUCGCUGCGGUCGCGGCUGCCAACUGUAUCAACAUUCCCAUGAUGAGGGCUCAGGAACUGAAGCACGGCACCCCCAUCUACGACAUAAACGGAAACAAACUGGGGUAUUCCAAGGUGGCCGCCCAACACGGCAUCGGACAAGUCAUCUUGAGCAGAAUCGCAAUGGCUUUACCCGGCAUGGUGAUCACCCCAGUCGUAAUGGACUAUUUGGAGAAACGGGGCACCCUCUGCCGGUAUCCCUGGUUAACGUUACCCGCGUCCAUUGGGGUUUUGGGUCUUUGUCUCACCUUCGCCACCCCAUUAGCUUGCGCCUUUUUCAAGCAGAAAGCCAGCCUACCGUUCUCCAAGCUAGAAGAAGACUUGAAGUAUUGUUUGUAUUGUAAGUUCAACUGUAAAGUUCCCAGUUACGUGUUCUACAAUAGACACUUGCACCUCCCUCCACGAUCCUAAACCAAAAAAAAAAAACAGCACCACUUCCAUUCUUUGUUUAUUGCAGGAAGAGAUAAGGAAAAAACACGACGUUGCCAAGCUGGACAACGUUUAUUACAACAAAGGGUUGUAAUCGGAUCAGGAUCCACUUGUUUAGUACUUAAAAAGCAUUCCGCCAGUUACUCAGGGCCAUUUUGUCUGUAGGAUUACGCGACGUUAAACGAACAUUCCCGUAUUAAUAAUAAUUAUGUAAAAGACAAUAAUACUCAGAAAACAUAUCGCGUUUCUGCGCAGUGUUCGAUGAUGAAUAAAAUUUGCUAUACAAAAA